AUGAGUUCUGACACAGUUGCCGCCCUCGAGGCCCGCGUUCUAGCUGCGGAAAAGCUUGCCCAGCGAGCUUAUGACCGUGGUGCGGUAGAGAAUGUCUUUAGCAGGUAUAUGCACUUGCAUAACGUCUUCGAGGAUGAAAAAGUCAAGGAUCUUUGGGUCAAGCGUGGGACUCCCGGUAUCCACGCUCAAUAUACCAACGCUGGGGUCUACACUGACUACGACAGCGUCAUGGCCUAUCAUAGCGUUGCUCAGGACGGUGAGACUGCUAAGGGCUUCUGGCUCAUGGCCGGGGUUGAGAGCGGUCUUUCGGAACCUAAUAACAUUGGUGCUAUGCCGGAGUUCCUCUACGAGCCGGAGUCUAAAAACGUUAACGGAAGGCGGGUUUGGACGCAUUGGGUUUGGUGCCAGUAUGCUCUUGAUUUCCUUAAGCAAGAUGGCGAGUGGAAGAUUUGGCACUUUAGGUGCCUCGAGGUUACCCGGGCUCCCUUCAGCGAGAACUGGAUUACCUUUGCUGAGAAGAAUCAAGUUGCCUUUGAUAAGGACCUUGCUUACUUUGGAGACGAUGGUAAAGCCGUCUUUAUGCCAACACCUGACGAACCCGCAGUAAAGCGAGCCGACGUUUACGGACCUACUCGUUCUCGGAAGCUUGAUGUUCCCCUUCCCUCCCCGUACGAGACUUUCAGCCAAGUUGAAGAAUACUAG